GCUCAGAGCUGCCGCAGCGCCGGAGCCGGAGCGCGCGAGCUAGCAGGGCGCUAGGAGCACCCGUGGUGGCAACGCACCCAAGACCCGGGCACCGCUGCGCCCCUGCUCAGGGUCCGUGACUGUAGCUCCUGAUCACGGCCAGAACCCCCACUGGCCCCGAGCCCACCCCAGCCCGGCCUAGCCGAGCCCCCGCGUCUGCUAGCAGCAGCCGCCGCAGCCGCCGCUCCAACCCCAGCCCGGGCCCCGCAACCAGGCCGCCAGGAUGGACGUGUUCAUGAAGGGCCUGUCCAUGGCCAAGGAGGGCGUCGUGGCCGCAGCCGAGAAAACCAAGCAGGGGGUCACCGAAGCAGCAGAGAAGACCAAGGAGGGAGUCCUCUACGUCGGAAGCAAGACCCGAGAGGGGGUAGUACAAGGUGUGGCCUCAGUGGCUGAGAAAACCAAGGAGCAGGCAUCACAUCUGGGAGGAGCUGUGUUCUCUGGGGCUGGGAACAUCGCAGCAGCCACAGGCCUGGUGAAGAAGGAGGAGUUCCCCACGGACCUGAAGCCAGAGGAAGUGGCCCAAGAAGCUGCUGAGGAGCCGCUGAUUGAGCCCCUGACGGAGCCAGAGGGGGAGAAUUAUGAGGAACCACCUCAGGAGGAAUAUCAGGAGUAUGAGCCAGAGGCGUAAGGGUCCAGAACGGCCCCCCACCAGCAGCACAAUUCUUUCCUUGUCCCUGCCCGCCCCCCAGAACCAGGGCUGUCCCUCUACCCCGUCCCCCAAAACACGAGAUCUUCCUUCUGCUCUGAGGAGCCCUCUCAGAGCCUGUGUUUGUGUCUGUCUGUCUGUCCUACCUGCCCGCGUCCAACCCUGGGGCGUGAACCCGGCUGGGGCUGGGGCUGCAGCUGUGGCUGAGAGUCUCUCCUCACCAGUGUUGCCCCUUCCUGCCCCUCCCGUCUGGUGUCUGCGUGGAUGUCGCAUGUUUUAUGUAUUUUUAAACAAAAAUAGGAAAGCGACCGCUCCUCUCCCACCCUGAAAGAGGCUCUCCGAGGGACCUCCGGGCAGCCCCAGAGCACCCCACCCUACUCCCACAUCACACCAAGAACUUUUUUUUUUUUUUUUUAAA